CGCUGUUCCCUUCACGAUACGCCCCCCCAAAGCGGAUCAAACCCUAGAUCUCGUCUUGUCGCCCCGUUCCUCCGAUCCCAUCCUAUCCGAUCCUCAUGGAUUCCUCCUCGUCCAGCCUCAGCCAGCAGCCCGAGUUCGACUACCUCUUCAAGCUACUCCUUAUCGGCGACUCCGGCGUCGGCAAGAGCAGCCUCCUCCUCCGCUUCACCGCCGACUCCUUCGAUGACCUCUCCCCUACCAUAGGUGUUGACUUCAAGGUGAAGAUGGUUAGCAUUGGUGGCAAAAAACUCAAGCUUGCCAUCUGGGACACAGCUGGACAAGAGAGGUUUAGGACCUUGACCAGCUCUUACUACAGAGGGGCACAGGGGAUCAUUAUGGUGUAUGAUGUCAGUCGACGAGAGACGUUCACCAAUCUUUCUGAUAUAUGGGCCAAGGAAAUUGACCUGUAUUCAACCAACCAGGACUGUGUAAAGAUGCUUGUUGGAAAUAAAGUAGACAAGGAAAGUGAGAGGGCUGUCACGAAAAAGGAGGGAAUUGAAUUUGCCAGGGAAUACGGUUGUUUGUUUCUAGAAUGCAGUGCGAAAACAAAAGUAAACGUAGAACAGUGUUUUGAGGAACUGGUUCUAAAGAUCUUAGACACGCCAAGCCUCCUGGCGGAUGCUUCCUCAGCAGGGGUCAGCAAGAAGAACAUCUUCAAGCAGAAGGCUCCAGAAGCUGACGCCGCCACAGGCAGCUGCUGUUAACAUGGUUUUGGUCCUGUAUAUUGCUAUAUGUGGUGAAGACAAUUGGCAGCAGCUAUAUAAUGAUGUAUCAAGUUAAACUUACCUGACAAUAUGUAGUCUUGCCUCCCAACCGCAGCUAAGUAGCAGAGGCACGGGUGGGUGGCAUCAAUACCGGCAUGAUACAGUAUCAGACACUGUCAUCUAUAUAAGAAACAGCCAUACUUCGGUU